UAGUUGUUACCAUCUAAGAAAGCGUAUUCGAGUUUCCAAAGUGUGUGACAUCGAAUUUAUUUCGGUGGAAAAAAAAUCCUUUAUAAAAUGAUGCUGUGGUACGUUAUUGCGGCGUGCGCACUGGCGGUGUCGGUGUCCGGGCACGGUCGUGUGUUGGACCCCCCGUCUCGCGCGUCUGCAUGGCGCUUCGGCUUCCCCACGCGGCCAGACUACGACGAUGAUGGACGAAACUGUGGCGGUUUCUCGCAUCAACACGAAGUCACCGGUGGCAAAUGCGGUAUUUGUGGUGACCCGUACGACCAGCCACAGCCAAGAGACCACGAGCUGGGGGGUACAUGGGGAGACGGCGUUAUCGUGGCAAAGUACACCUCGGGCCAGGUCAUUUCAGCCACCGUCGAUCUUACUGCAUACCAUAAAGGUUACUGGCAGUUCAAGAUUUGCCCAGACCCGGCGAGGAACGACCAGGCGUGCUUCGACGAGAACAUUGUCGAACUUGAAUCCGGUGGUACCAAAUAUUACCCGAAAAGAGACGCGAAAUAUACGAUGACGUACCGUCUACCUAAGGAUUUGUACUGCGAACAUUGUGUUCUACAAUGGCAGUAUAUUGCUGGGAAUAACUGGGGUGUUUGUAAGAAUGGUACUACUGGUCUAGGAUGUGGGAAACAGGAACAGUUCGGAGCCUGUUCUGACAUCAGUAUCUCAGUACCAUUGGAGAACGCUGAGAACAAGCCCGCCUCAUAUUACCAAAGACUAGGCUACCUGGACGUCCAAGGUGAGACUAGCACCAGAAAAUGAACAGCACUUAAUUAAAGUCUUUACCUUAGCAGUAUGCACGGACUGGGGUUGGUUGUAUUAAUUUAUUUUUAAAUUUAUAUUUAUUAUUAUUUUUUAAGAAAAUAUUUAUGUAAAUACAUGAAAAAAAUGUAAAUAUGUAGAUUUGAAUAACUAAUUUGAUUGCUUUUUUACUAACGAGCUUUUAACAUUCAUCUAUACUUUUUCAUUGAACUUAUUUUGUUUGUUAAAAACGUAGUAAUUAUACGUAAUGUUCAAUUUUAUUUCGUUAAUACCUUUAUUACGCUAAUAUGUUGCAAAAUUUCUAUGAAGAAGUAUG